AUGGCUGAUCAAUCAACCCCUUCAGGUGAAGAUAGCUAUUACUAUAUUGAUAGCACAUGCAAAUAUACACGUUCACAACCUCAUCCAACACAGAACCUGAUAUCACUAUACAACUUGGAUACCAUCGCAGACUCUGUGGCUCGUUUGAAUAAAGAUGGUACUAAAGGUGUUAAGCUGAGGAAAUCCUACAAGGCACACAUAUCUGACCUCACAUCAAGGCAUGUACCUAUUGCCACUGAACGUGAUUUAUCACCGAUUGUGUAUGCACCUGAUAGAGAAGGUGCUCCAAUUCAAGUGACCAAGUUUGAUCCAACGGCUCUCAAGUACAACGUCAGCUUCUCCAAAACACUGGAGAGUGGUGUGCCCGGAUUUGACUCAUCCAUAUUAGGAAUUGGUGAUCCUCAGGGAACAAAGAGAAAGGCAAAGGUAAAGACUGAUGAGGCCAUGAAGAAACGCCGUGUGGAGUAA